CGCAUUUCCGUAUCGUUGUAAACAAAAUUUUGUCUUGACAGGUUUGAAAUUUAAAAACAAGUCACGUUUUUUUACCAAAAUGUCUCAACAAGGAGCUGCUCUGCAGAGCUAUAACAAUGAACUUGUUAAAUGUAUCAACGACCUUUGUGGAAAGCGAGAUGAGGUUCACAAGCAGAUCCUUCAGGAAGAAGAAGAAAAACAAAAGCUACAGAAUGACAUCAGAAUCCUCACAGAGCGGCUAGCAAAAGUGAAUGAAAGUCUCAGUAAAAAAAUGGCUUCACGAAAUGAGUUUGACAGAACCAUAGCUGAAACUGAAGGCGCCUACAUGAAGAUUCUGGAGAGUUCACAGACCCUACUAAACCUGUUAAAAAGAGAAUCCCAGAGCUUACGAGAAAAAGGCACAGUGAAAUCAAGCGGAACUGCCUUAUCCUGAUUGGCCAAUUGAAAGCAUUUAUAUAACUGUUAAUUUGACAUACUUUGUAAGGCACAUUAACUGAUUUUGAACAACAUUUAUACAUGUAUUGAACCCAAAAGUCUCUUUAUUCAUGAUUGGAGCUAUUAUCUCUGAUCUCACGUCAGUUUAAAAAAAGAAAAGAAUCCUCAGAUAAAAAAAAAAAAAAUUAAACAAAAAAUUGCAAUCCAAGGUCAUUUAUUUCUAUAUAUAGUAUUUCAAAGGAUGUUUACAUCUAUUAAAAUUUGUUUAAAGUUCCAGUGGGACUUCUCUCGACAAAAGUGAAAUGUUUCUGUUGAUGUUCCUAGUAAGGUUGUAUUUGUGUACAUUAUUAUCAAUUGUCACUGAAUGUUGAUGUGUGUCCUCACUCACUAUCCCUCCUUGUUUCUGUUUGUUGUUGUCCCAAUGUUUUCACUUACAAAAAAACAUUCUUAAUGUUUUUGAAUUUCUUGUUUUCAAUGAUUUCAACACUAUUAAAUGAAAAGAACUGAGAAGAAUUAUAUUGUUUGAAUUUUCUUAAAUUUGAAAUUAAUUUUACAAAUAAUAAAUUAAAACAAAACAUUGAAAGAACAGGAUUUUGGUUUCUGACAUCUUAAGAUUCAUCAUGAAUUAUUCAGAGCUUAUACUGAUUAAAGAAAAUUUCCCUGUCUAAGUUGUAGCUUCUUACUGUACAGACUUGUAAAUAAUUUAAGACAAUUCCCUAAGUUUUGGGGCCAAACCUAUUGUGAUACUUUGUAACCAGUGCAACUGUUCCUCAGUAUAAUUGUGGUUCUAAGUCAUUGUACUGUUGGGGUUUGUUCGUUGUUUAUUGUGGAAAUGUAAUCUUUCUGUCUAUUUCAACUAAGUAAACACACAUACUAGAUGUACAUGUAGACUUUAAGUGAUUAGCAGAUACAUGCAUGUUUGUCAUGAUAUGUAGAUUGUACGUCAUAUCAGACUAGUGCCUUACUGUUUCAAAAGAUAUGAACAUACGAAGCAGUUUCCUGGCUUAGUACAAGACUUUUGUAAUGCCUUGUAUAUCUAUGUUGAGAUAUAACUGUCUUGCAAUAAGCGCGCAGAAAUAAAUCUUUGUACCCUUUACUGUAAGGUAUAAUGAAGAUAGUAUGUUAGUGAAUGUUAUAAGAAAAGCCUAUAUGGUCACAAAAUUUCUCUGAUUUCGCUAAGUGCAGACACAUUGGUGUUUCUUUCAGUAUUCUCUAGACUUCAUUCUCUCCACUGUCGACAGUGUUUUAUAUACAUCCAAUGAAAUAUGUUUGUGUACAUGUUUAUAUAAUUAUUUUUUGCUUUGUAUCGACCCAGUUUGUAGAAAUAAACCAAAAACCAUUA